AUGACUUCAUCAAUCGAUCAAGAAUUAAUAAUUUAUGGUGGUGACUUAAAAAUACCGCCAUGUGAAAGAAACUUUUCACAAUUUUUGUUGGAUAAAAUGCUGAAAAAUGCAAAUAAAGUUGCACAGAUUGAUCCAGUAAAUAAAAAAAGUCAAACGUUUGGUGAACUAAGACUGAAUUCAAUUCGUUGUGCGUUAAAAAUGAAACAAGAUGGUUUAAAACGUGGAGACAUUAUCAUGAUUUGUGGACGCAAUCAUUUGGAUUUGAUCGUCCCAUUAUUGGGUGCCAUGUAUCUGGGUGUAACAGUAAAUCCAUUACAUCCAGAUUAUUCAAGAAAUGAAAUUUUACGAAUGAUAAAAUUAAUUGAACCAAAAAUAAUAUUCUGUGAUCAAGAAUCUACAAAUUUAAUGACAGAACUCAUCACUGAAGCUGAAUUACAAAUUAAAACAGUAACAUUUGAAACGGAUUUUAAAUCAUAUUUAAAACCACAUAAAUCAACUGAAGAGGAUAACUUUGAAUCUGAAAUUGUUGAUGUAAGCAAUGAUAUAUUAUGUAUUAUCUGCACCAGUGGUACAACAGGACUUAUAAAAGGUGUUACUAUCACUCAUAAAGCAUUUUACAUUUCAUUACAAACUUCUGGCCUGGGGUCUAUUUCAGAUAGUGACAGCCAACUAUUAUAUUACUCCCCACUAUCCUGGAUUACAGCUUUAAGGUUUAUAAACACUGCAAUCUGGAAUGGAGUUUCUCGAAUAGUGUGCGAAUAUGAACCGAAACGAAAUUUGGAAAUUAUGUUGGAGUAUAAUAUCUCAUGGUUAUUUUUGACCCCAAUAAAAGCUUUUGAAAUGGUUAAUCAUCCAUUAUUUAAACAAAACAUAUCCAAAAUAUCGAAAAAUUUAAAAUAUUUUCGAUUUAGCGGUAGUCCAUCAUUGGAAAAACAUGUACAGGAAUACCAUCAAAUAUUUCCAAAUACCUUUAUUUUAAAUGGUUACGGUAGCUCCGAAAUGGCCGGUUGUCAUGGACUAUUUGUGAGAAAUAAACAUGAAAGUAUGCUGAAACAGAAAAUAAUGUCAUCUGGCCAACCACUUGCUGGAGCUUAUUGGAAGAUAAUAGAUCCACAAACUGGGAAAACUGUUGGUCGAAAUAAAGAAGGAGAACUGUGCAUAAAAAGUCCAACAUUAACUAAAGGAUAUUAUAACGACCCAGAGGCAACUGCAAAGGCAAUAAUAGGUGGAUGGUUCCAUACUGGAGACAUUGUUAAAGUUGAUGACGAGAAUUGUUUAUGGGUUGUGGGUCGAUCCAAGGAAUUAUUAAAAUACAAAGGAUGGCAGGUUUCACCAAGUGAAUUAGAAGAUGUUUUACGAACACAUCCUGCUGUGCAGGCUGUUAGUGUGAUGGGGAAACCUCAUGAAACUGAUGGUGAUCUACCGCUUGCAUUUAUUGUGAAAAAGGAAUCAGCCAAAAAUGUUACCGAAGAUGAAAUUAUUGAAUUUGUUGAUAGCCAAGUUGCUAACUAUCAAAAGUUACGUGGUGGAGUAAUUUUUUUGGAUGCGUUGCCAGUAACAACUACCGGAAAAAUACGAAAAAUGUCGAGAAUUAUGAAAAUCUAUAAACAUUUAUUAGGUGGCUUAUACGAACCGACAGAAACGAAACUUGGCAAAAUGAAAUUAGAAUUGAAACCUGUAUCUUACUCAAAUCGAUCCCCAGUGGUGUUUACAAUAGACGCACAUUAG